UCCUGCUUGACUUAGGAAACUUAAGGCUAUGAUUAGUUGUUCCAUCAAUGUCAAGUCUGUAGUUGGCUUCGUUGCCUGCGACCAAACGGUUGAGCCCGCGCUCGAUUCUCCAUAGAUUACAUAGAAACACACAAACCUAUAUAGAGUGUAACAGUGUAUAGCGCAUAAUUCAUAGUUCCAUGUCCGACUUGGGUGUUGUGGGUCAGCCGCUGCGCGUGGGCUGUAAAUUUGAGCCUCGCCUGAGCAUGCGACGCAUCUACAACAAGAAGUGCUUUCGCGUCGAGCGCUAUCAGCAUGAGGUGGCCAAUCAUUAUCGCGACAUACAGCUGCAACAGAGCCCCACGUGGCAGCACAAACAGCAGCCAGGCGACCGUCCCCACUUGCCCCAGCCAAAGUAUCGCCCACGCACUCGACUACGUCCGCUGGCUCCAAUGACCGUCAGCACUUCUAGUGUCCAAUUUCGUUGCGAACUACCCAUCCAUGUGCAAUACUAUCCCAGGUGUGUGUGUGUGUGUCAACAGCAUCGAAAGCUGUAUGAAAUAAUCGAUAACUUGAGCCAACUGCGCUUGUGCGAUAACAGUCUGCCGCUCAUUACGCUUACCGACUGUACGCAACAGGUGGCGCUGUAUGGCGGCAGCUUUGAAAUAGCCGGCAGUUGCCCAAUGCAAAUACCCAACGAAGCCAGACCACCAACAUAA